CUCACAACUGAUACUUGGACUUCUUUGUCUAAUCUCAAUUAUAUGUGCAUUACUGCUCAUUUCAUUGGUAGAGAUUGGAAAUUGCAUAAAAGAAUUAUUAACUUUGUCCAAGUUACAAAACAUUCUGGAAGUGAAAUUGGAAAACAGUUGGCUAGUUGUUUGGUGGAGUGGGGCAUUAGGAAGGUGUUUUGCAUAACAAUGGACAAUGCUAGUGUCAAUGAUGUGGUUGCUAUCCAUAUGAAGGAACAGUUGAAAGAGUGGGGAUCAGAUAUCUUGGAUGGAAAGUAUCUGCAGAUGAGGUGUGUGGCUCACAUUAUUAAUUUGGCUGUGAAGGAUGGGCUUAAAGAAACUGGUAAAUUUGUGGAGCGAGUGAGAGAGUCUGUGAAGUGGGUUAAAUCUACACCAGCUAGGAGCAGAAAAUUCAAAGAUUGUAUUGAUUUUGAAAAGAUAGUGUCGAAGAAAUUUGUUUCGUUGGAUGUAGCUACAAGGUGGAACUCAACGUAUCUGAUGUUGGAAUCUGCAAAGCCAUUUGAGAAAGCAUUUCAGACAUUAGCUAGAAAUGAUAAGAAAUUCAAGAAACAUCUCAAUGAAAAAAAAUAUGGAAUGGAAAGCCUUGGUAUCACAACUUCUGAUGAUUGGUCUAGUGUGGGCAGGUUGAUUGAUUACCUGAAGCUAUUCUAUGAUUUGACUGUUCGAGUUUCUGGGACUUCAUAUGUGACUUUACACCUCUUGUUUGAUGAGGUAUGUGAAAUGUAUACUAUGAUAUCUGACUGGGCUGAUAAUAUAGAUUUUGAGGUGUCUUGCAUGGCUGAGAGAAUCAAGUCCAAACUUGCCAAGUAUUGGUUUGAAGAUGAGUUGGAGAAUUCCAAGAUGAAUCGGUUGUGUUAUAUGGCAGUCAUAUUAGAUCCUAGGCUGAAAGUUGAAUAUCUUGAACAAGCUUUGAAGAAGGUAUAUGGUGAGAGCAGGGGUAAAGCUUUGGUCGAAGAGGUGAAAGAUGAAAUGCGUCUUCUGUUUGACCAUUACAAGCAUAGGCUCGGACUUCCUAGCAGUUCUCCCAUUGUGAUUCAGGAAGAUGUGCAAGAACCUAGUGGAAGUGGGGAUGGGAAGAAGAAAGGGAAGAUUUGGGGUGAUUUUAGGAAAAUGAAAAGAGAGGCCAUUCUGAAAGGAACUCGAAAAAGUUCCAAAUCUGAGUUUGAUAGGUACCUUGAGGAGGAGGAGGAUGAUGAAGUGGUUACACGAGCAUUGGUGGGUUCAGAAGAGGAUGAAUACAAGUUUGACAUCUUGGGAUGGUGGUCGCGAAGUGGGAUGAAAUAUCCUACUAUUUCUGAGAUGGCUAGGGAUAUUCUUGCUGUUCCUAUUUCCACUGUUGCUUCUGAGUCGGCAUUCAGCACAGGAGGUCGAGUUUUAGAUUCGUUUAGGACCUCCUUAUCCCCUGAAGUUGUGGAGGCUUUGAUUUGUUGUGAAGAUUGGAUAAGAUCUUCAGACUCCGAGUUGGUGGCUGAUGGAGAAGAUGAGGGUGAUGAAGUGGUAUUUCAAAAUGUAUAUGCAGCUUUUCAAACUCGGAGUGCAAGUGCACCUGCAGGACCUAGUGGAAGCUCUCCUGCUACCCAUGUUUUGGUCCCGAGUCCUACUAUGUCACAAGUGGAAGAAGACUAUGUCGAUGACAAUUCUGAUGAGAAUGAUGAGACUUAUGUAGAUAUAGAGCCUGAUGAGGAGUGAUAUGGUAGUAGUGUUUAUCUUGUAUGGUGGAUGGAUUUUUAUUUUACUUGGAUGUUAUCAUUUGAGAAUUGUAAAACUAAUGUGUUUAAUUACGAGUUGAAGAUAAUCUCAUCUAUGAUUGUCGGUAUUUUAUGUUGAGCAAAAUUAUUUAUAAUUUUGCGCCAAACACCACAUAUUUUUUUGCAUAUGAUAGUUGAUAUACCUUCAAUUUUGGACCUAUGGUAUGACUAAAAUAUUUAAUUAUACGAAAAUUCACAAUUAAAUAAGAUAUGAUUAAGUUA